AUGGCACUCAACAGGGCGAGCGUGAGGAUUCCGCUAGGCAGCAGAGCUCUGCGCCAAAACUGGCGGCUGUUGGUCUCCUCCGCCAUCUUUGCUGAUGGUGCUUCCACCUCCUCUAGGUUGCCCACCAUCUGCAUGGAGUUCCCAAUCGUCACUUGCGCCUUCGACCCUCGUUGGCAGGAGGACGCAUUCUCUGGGACGAGAGCCUGCUGCAGUUUGGUGUUUUCCUUGAUCCGAAGCACAAAGGAACACGCCAGCAAUCAGUUGAAGGACCAUUUUGAUAGGUCAUAA